UACAGACCAUGUUCCUCCUGCCACUGACGCUGAGCCUGGGCUUGCAGCUUCAUCAGAUAGCGGCUUUAUUCACGGUGACGGUCCCUAAGGAAGUGUACACGGUAGAGUUUGGCAGCAACGUGAACCUGGAGUGUGAUUUCGACCACCGGGAAUGCACGGAACUUGAAGAAAUAAAAGUCAGUUUGCAGAAGGUAGAAAACGAUACUUCUUCGCCAAGUGAGAGAGCCACCCUCCUGGAGGAGGUGCUGCCCCUGGGAAAGGCCUUGUUCCACAUCCCCAGUGUCCGAGUGAGGGAUGCAGGACAGUACCGCUGUCUGGUCAUCUGUGGGGCCGCCUGGGACUACAAGUAUCUGACAGUGAAAGUCAAAGCUUCUUACAAGAAGAUAAACACUCGGAUCCUAGAGGUUCCAGGGACAGAUGAGGUGCAGCUCACCUGCCAGGCUAGAGGUUACCCCCUGGCAGAAGUGUCCUGGCAAAACGUCAGUGUUCCUGCCAACACCAGCCACAUCAAGACCCCUGAAGGCCUCUACCAGGUCACCAGUGUACUGCACUUAAAGCCACAGCCUGGCAGAAACUUCAGCUGCAUGUUCUGGAACGCUCCCAUACAGGAGCUUACUUCAGCCAUCAUUGGUCCUCUAGGUUGGACUGAGCCCGAGGUCCCCAGCACAUCAGCACUGCAUGUUUUUGUCCCAUCUUGCAUUGUGGCUUUAAUCUUCAUAGCCGCGGCGAUAGCCCUGAGAAAGAAGCUCUGUGGAAAGCUGCAUUCUAGACAUCGAUCUGGACCUGUGGCCUUGGAUGUUGGGAUCAUCUGAUUGGGACAUCUUUUAGAGGCUCUGGACACUGAGUGAAGGUCCCUUGGCCUGAAGAACCUGCCCUUUGCACUUUUCAAAUGCUGUGGAUGAUGACCCAGAAUUUCCAUCAGGAGUGUACAAGACUGACAGCCUCCUUGCUCUCAAGACCCCAUCUGGACAAGCACAGCCGCACUUUAGAAAACCAGCCCUGGGAUCCUGGCCUGAGGCCCCGCUUGUUUUCCCCUGGCUUUCCACGGGGAGAUGUGGAAAUUUCCAGUUACUGAAACAGAUUGUCAUAGAGUUAUUUCUAGCCAUCAUUUCCUCUGGGGGCUGGAAGCUCCAGACGGUUUUGUGUAAACAAAGUCAUAACUGAUGUGUUUCACAGCUUCCUAGAAUCCUGGCAGCCCCUGGAGCUCUAAUCAAGAGGAAGCAGUUAAGCACACAUUAAGUGCACAACCGCAGGAGAAGGCAUUUGUUUCAAGGCUUUCCUUUUUAAAGGUCUGAGCCACAAGGCAUUUGUUUUA